ACUUAAACGAGCCCCCCGUUUUACACACACACACACACACUCUCACACACAAAACGGCAUGUUUUAUACAGCAGUGUGCAGAAUCUGACGGUAAAGAAGCUCAAAGUUGAGGGAAGGAGGAGUGGAAGGGGCAGCGAGGCUCACUUCUGUGCAGAGAAAUAACUUCUUAGCGAGCUGGCGGAGAUGAUGCCUCCUCGUUCGUGACAGGGGCGAGAUAAAGCACGGCUAGGGUCUUCACGGCGCCGCGUGUGCAUGUGUGCGCGUUUAAAGUCGUUUCGAGCUUGCUGACCUCCUCCGCCCCGGUUUAACGGGAGCAGGGAGCGGACGACGAGCGGACUGGCAUGUGGGUCAACUCCGGAACCGUCGGAAGGGCCCUCUCCAUGGAUAUAGACACAGACUAUGAAAGGCCUAAUGUGGAGACCAUAAAGUGUGUGGUGGUGGGUGAUAACGCGGUAGGUAAGACCCGCCUAAUCUGUGCACGCGCCUGCAACGCCACCCUCACCCAGUACCAGCUGCUCGCCACCCACGUGCCAACCGUUUGGGCCAUCGACCAGUACCGUGUGUGCCAGGAGGUGUUAGAAAGAUCUAGGGAUGUGGUGGAUGAAGUCAGCGUGUCCCUCAGGCUGUGGGACACGUUCGGAGAUCAUCACAAAGACAGACGUUUCGCUUAUGGCAGGUCUGAUGUGGUGGUGCUGUGUUUCUCCCUGGCUAACCCGAACUCCCUGCGCCACGUCCGCACCAUGUGGUACCCUGAGAUUAAGCACUUCUGCCCCCGCACCCCCAUCAUCUUGGUGGGCUGCCAGCUGGACCUGCGUUACGCUGACUUGGACGCUGUGAACCGGGCCCGUCGCCCCCUGGCCAAACCCAUAAAACCCACAGACAUACUUCCACCAGAGCGAGGCCAUGAGGUGGCUAAAGAACUGGGCGUGCCCUACUACGAGACUAGUAUUGUCGCUCAGUUUGGCGUCAAGGACGUCUUCGACAAUGCCAUCCGCGCUGCCCUCAUUUCCCGCCGCCACCUCCAGUUCUGGAAAUCUCAUUUAAAGAAAGUCCAGCGCCCUCUCCUCCAGGCCCCCUUUCUGCCCCCCAGACCGCCUCGGCCUGUAGUGGGCAUCCCUGAUCCCCCGCCCAUGGAUGGAGAAGGCCCCGACUCUCUGUUCUGCCAGCCCCUGUGUGCAGAUGUGCUUUUCCUCCUUCAGGGUGGUGCCACUCGUGUUUUCGCUCAUAAGGUCUAUCUGGCUACUUCCUGCUCCAAGUUCUAUGACCUGUUCACUAUGGACCUCGGAGAUGCUGAGGAGGAUAAAGAUGGAGAGGACACCCUGGAGGGGAGCGAGGAAGAGGAGCAAAGUCGAAUAGGAGCCAAAGAGCAAGCAGGACGCACCAAGAGCCUGGACAUCGAUAAAGAUGGUGAGGGAGGCACCAGGGGUCCCAAGAGACCACUCCUGCUGGAACAGGGCUCACUGAGGACUUCCCAAAGUGAUAAUGCCCUGCCGGCCAGGAGCCAAUGCACCAUGGGUCCCCUGGGAGCCGGUCGCGCCCUUCUGGGAUGGGGCCGGGGGUUCCUUGGUGUGUACCUAGAAAGAGUGGAUGAUCCAGUAACUGGUCGGCCAAGACUCAUGACGGUCGUUUCCAUGGAUGAACUCAUUCAGGAGGCAUCUUUCCGGGCCGUGCUGCAGUACCUGUACACAGGUCAUCUGGACGAGGGCCGGAGUGACCUGAUGCAGGUCGCCACCAUUGCCGAACUGUUGGAAGUGUUUGAUCUGCGCAUGAUGGUGGCCAACGUGCUGAACCGUGAGAGCUUCAUGAACCAGGAAAUCACCAAAGCCUUCCAUGUGCGCCGGGCCAACCGCAUCAAAGAGUGCCUGUGUAAGGGCACUUUCGCUGAUGUGGUGUUCCAACUGGACGAUGGGUACCUGCCUGCCCACAAGCCUCUGCUCAUCUCUAGCUGUGACUGGAUGGCGGCCAUGUUCCGUGGGUCUUUCAUGGAGAGCUACAUUGAGGAAGUGUCCAUACCUAACACCAGUACUGCUUGCAUGAGAGCCGUGCUGGAAUACCUUUACUGUGGCUUGCUGACUCCCUGCCCUGAGCUGGAGCCUAUGGACCUCAUAAUAUUAGCCAACCGUCUCUGCCUGCCCCGUCUUGUGGCUCUCACAGAGCAACAUGCUGUUGAAGAACUGUUGCAGUGGGCGGUUAAAGGAGCAGACAUUGAUGGACAGGUGCUGGCUUACCUAGAGAUGGCUCAGUUCCACAAUGCCAAACAGCUCUCAGCCUGGUGCCUGCACCACAUUUGUACCAACUACAACAGUAUCUGUCGCAAGUUCCCCAAAGACAUGAAGGCCAUGUCACCAGAGAACCAGAAGCACUUUGAGAAGCAGCGCUGGCCGCCUGUCUGGUUCCUGAAGGAGGAGGACCGCUACAACCGCUCAAAGAAAGAGCGUGAGCGUGAGGAGGAGAUCCUGCGCAAGCAGCACAUCAAACGGGGCUGGUGUUUCUGGAGACACCCGUCAUCCUCGGCGCCUCACAUCUCCUGAAAGUGCGCCCCUGACCAACAGCUCCCACCCCAAAUCCCUCGCCCCUUCUCGGCCCUGAGGCAUGCAGCCGAAUCUGGGGAGCCCCGUGUCCUGUGUCCAGUGUGUGCGUCCUGGCUGCUGGAAGUUAGCCUGGGACUGCUUUGCCUCAGAGCUUCUAAUUUCCCUCUUUGAGCCAGGCUUUUAAACAGGCCUAGGGCAAAAAAAGCUGUGGCCUCCUCAAGAGCCUGCAGCAUGUCUGUGAAAGGAGAGAAGGUUGAGAGAAAGCGUAGGCUCUUUCUCACUUUUUGUGUUGCGUGAUUCACUGUGCUAAUUCAGCAAGGUUGGAGGCCUCACCACAGCACCCUGUAGGGAAUGUCUUCAUGGCAAUGAUCUGCCUUCAAUUCCUAAGACUGUUAUUGUUAUACAAGAACUACUAAACACAUUCUCAAACACAUUCUCACCCAGCACCAGGCCUAGGCGCUGGCGCCCAAGUAUGUAAAGUGCAUGGUACUGUUGCAAUGAGCUUCUUCAGUGAAACCUGUAUCUGGGGGGAAACAAAAACAACCAUGUCCAAUGCAUACGAGAGCUGCAAAAUACCUUACGCUUUGAAUGCACCUAACAACUAAAACAGCGGCAGGGAUUUGGUUAUUCUUCAAACCAGAAAGGUAAAUCCUGUGGUUCGUGAUUUUUGCCUCAGUACAGAACCACUUUUGCCUAUAUUCUAUAUUCUUCGUUUUUGGAUCUUCCAUAGCCCUGUUUUGGCUCUCCAUGCCAAUUGUUUUUUGUUUUCCAUUGAGGCACUAUGUGGGGAAACUCCACUCAAGAAUCCUUGUUGCUAGGACUUGUUAAUGAAGUAGGCCAGGGGCAGAAACAGAACACUAAAUAAACAAGUGGUGCAUAGCUCAGGUCAUUCACCCAAGAAGGCUCUGACAAAGCACCAAAGAGAGACAACUCGGGCUUGUUCAGAUGAUGAAAACACCUCACCAAAAUACACUAAAGCAGAACAGAAGAAACUUCACGGCAAGUGAGAUUUGAAUCUAGGGCUUUUUGUAACACUGCCACUGAAGUAUUAACAAUCACAAAUGUCAGUGAAGUUUUAUUUAUGAAUCAGAAUUAGUUUUUGACCACUAGCAAGGUUUUUUUCAAUUUACUUGCCUUUACAUCUCCAAGCCACUAGGGGCACUUUUGCUUCCCGAGUUUACCCCUCUGUGGAACACAUUAGUAACUAUACAAACAGCAGGUAAAUUAAGCUGCAAUUCUUGCCUUUUUCCUGAUCUCUUUCACCUUUCCACUUGAGAAUCCUUUCAAAGAUGUUUUCUGGCCUGGUUUUAAUUACUCUUACUUCUAAUACCUGCCUGAUAACCAAAAACUAAGCUGUGAUGUUUUUCGUACCCCCCGCCACCCUUCCCCUUGCUAAGAACAAUGUUGGCUAUCUUCAGUUUUGUCUUCUACCUCUGCAGAUAGACAAAGGAAAAAUGGAUAGAGGGAUGAACAUGGAGUAGCGCAAAAUUCAGUUCAUUUGCUGUGUCAUUUGAUUCACAAAGCUGCAGUGUAAGGCCACACAGCCGGAGCCUCACUUUCCACUUCAUGCAGAGAAAAAUGGUGCUCAGGAUAACUAACCACCACAGUGACAGUAUUCAUACAACCCAGUUCUUUUCUCCUGAUAGUUGUUUCUCUCUUACUACUUGUCUUAUAUAUCCUUUCCUUUUUCCCCAUGUGACAAUCUUAAGUGAACAACGUUCCUGACUGUUCAUGAGCUAAGGACAUGUCUCUUUUUUCCAAGAAGCUUUAUGGCUUUCAGUUGAAAGGCUUGUAGCAAAAUGGAAGGUAGGAUUUGUGGUAGUAGCUAAUCUGUUCUGCUGAAGUGGUAUUAUAUAAUGUAACAUAGCUAACUGUAGAUAUAUCUCUCCACUUGGUUCCCCAUUGGAAAGUGCAUUUUUCGCUCAAUGAGCACUUGUCAAACACAUUCUUUUGGUUUCUACCUUCCGAGCUAAUCGUCUGAAAGGGGUGUUUUUUCAGUUGCCUUUCUGAUCAAGAGAGUGAGUGCCUGUGACAGAAUGUUUUUAUUUUCCUACUCUAAUUUAGCAUAGAGCCUCUUUGUGUUUUUGGAGUUAUUCUUCUGCUUGGGCUGUGUUGAGCAAGGUGCUACAUGCUACAUUCCUAAUGAGGCAUGAUAUGGUAGCGUUUCGCAAGAAAGUUAUUUCUGGGAAUUUUAGAAGUGAUCGUGAACGUAGCAAAAUGUUGGGUGAACUUUUUUUUGUGGCACCUUCCUCUAUUUCUGGCUUUCUGAUUUUUUCACUCCCUCAAGGCUGCACCCAGGUGUCUGUGGCAGCUAGCAGAAGACAUGAUGCAGAAAGGCUUUCUCCUCUCUGGGGACAUGUUGAAAUCAUCAACAGCUACUGAAAUAGAUGCGUGAGAGAAUCUCACUGGGCCCAGGUGCGAAUGAGGCUGAUCUUUGGAAAGAAGGAACAAAAAAAGAAAGAUCUGCAGCCUGGUGCUAAAACGGUUAGGCUUUGAUUUUGACUAAAGGAUUUUUCUGGAAACAACAGAUGUCAGUAAGGGGGUUCUUGUUCAUCUGAAAACAGCACUGUGUAAAAGUCAAGAGACCACUCUUCAAUUAUUUCAUUUACAGUCAAAACGGCUAUUAAAUACGUUAUUUAUUUUAUUGUAUCAGAAAAAAGCAGAAAACAUUUAACAGAAAAAUAUACAUGACCACUAAAUAUAACAACAAUAUUUUGAGUGAUGUGCCACUCUUUAUUACAGCUUCAGUUCUUUUCAGGAGCCUUGCAUUCAGCUUUUCAGAGAGCUCUGCAAGAAGAUUUAUCAAGUUCAUUCUUGAAGUUGGUUGCAUUUUCUGCUUCUCAUGGCCCAAUAAUCUCAAACUCAUUCAUUGAUGUGGAGGUUUGGACUCUGUUCGAAGGACACCACUAGUUUCUUUUUCAAUUAGUGAAUGUUCUUUUUUGUCCGUUUCAUUUUCUCAAUAAAAGCUUCUCGACAGCUGCAUAUCCUUUCAGACUCAGCAUUGAGUUGUCUUCUCAGAGUGCAGGAAUGUGCAAAAACACCUUUGAAUUUUUUCAGAUCUCAAGCAAGAGUGGAGCUUCUUUUUUGUCUCUCUCUAAACUGUUUAUCUAAUGGUGUCAGUUCUGAUGGUCUACCAAGUCUCUCAUUUUUAGGAAAAUAUUUUUUCUAAAUCUUUUUUCAUCACUUUUUAAACUCCAGUUUUUAUGGAUAUUUUUCCCCUUAUUAUUUUUCUUUGGCUUUCCCCUUGUUUAUCCUCUUUUUAUUGUAUUUUAUAUCCUGAAAAAUGAGUAACUUGUAUUUAUUUAAUGGCCGUUAUGACUGGAAAUUGAGGGUGAAUUACCUAAUGCCUCAGUGCUACAAAUUUUGCAGGUGGCAGUCGAUACAUGUAGUGGUACAUUUUAGAAGAAAGUUGUUGGCAUUCUAGAUUUAAUGUUACAAUGCAGAGUUUUUCUGCAGAGAAUAAAAUACUAGCUAACAUUUUCUUAGCUAAAUUGCUAUCGGUGCCUCUAAUAAUGUCAAAGAUGAAGCUUUUCAAACUGCAAAGUAAAACUGAGUAGCUCUCACAGACAAAUCUAUGGUGUUAGCCCCCAGGAUGCUGUAGUUUUUGGAGAUGGAGUGCUGUGUUGCCUUGGUGGUUUUGGGCUAGACAGCACUUUGAUAUUUGCUUUCUUUUUGUUUCUUCUUCUUCUUCUUCUUGUAUGCCCUUGCACAUUUCCUCUCUGAUUGGGUCUGCCUUUGAUGUGCAUGGCAUUGACUGUUUCUAAAUUUCAGCCUUUUUAAAAACAAAUGACAUUUUGUAGCAUCGUGUGACUUUUCUUCUGUACAAUGGUGGACUUUUUAAAAAUAUUUUUCAGCUUCAUGUAGUGCUCAGUGUCCAUGGACGAAGGGUCCAAGGUCUUUGUAUAGUAACCACAUGCUUUAUUGUUAUGCCUUUGCUAACGUUGGAUUUAGGGGAUGUGGAUUGUGUUGUUAUUGUUAGAUGGGUAAUUUAUGUUGUUGGUUUAGGUAAAGGUGUAAGAUUUGAGGUGCAUUGUUUGGAGACUUGUUCAAUAGCACUAACAGCACUAACAACUGACUGGCCCUUGUUCACAGUAUAAUUACUAAAACUACCUAUGCACUUUGGCCCAAAUUGUGGAAAAGAAGAACUAAAGAUGCGAUUUAGAAGUGAUUGCCUUGAAUCUUACAUUGUGGAAUUGGUGAGAGAUGCACGUUUACAAAAGAAAUGUGCACGAGGAAUGGUCGCGAAACACGGUUGCAUGCGUUCCUGAGUAAAGUUUGUAUUACGAAUCGGGUAUGCACUUUGUCAUUAAAUAAUUAUUCUGUCAUGAGCCUAUGUACAGUAUGAACAUGUCAAAUGAGUGUUACAUUUGGGGCAAAAACCCCAAGGACCAGUUAUACACUUUUUGUUUUUUUUCAUGUCCUUGGUUAUAUAUCUUUUUUUUCCUCCUUUGUCCUCCACAGGUUACAGUACUAAUGUUCCAUAGGGCUCAGUAGUUUGUCAGCUAAAAUAGAAAACUCAAGAGCUGUUCUCUCCUGGAAUUACCUGUGCCUUUGAUUUUUAAAGGAAAAAAAAAUCUCCUGUUGCCUUUCUCAAGAGGGGCCUCUUACAAAUGCCUUUAGGUUUUGGAUAAUUGUAAAGCAGACACAUACACUUAAAUCAGGCAGCUGACCACUGUAUUCCUCCUUCUACUGUCAGUGCCUGUGGACAUUAUGUAGCAAAGCCUACUGUUUUGUCUUUAUGCUGCAUUCUUGUCUUUGCGCCUCUUUAAAUGGAACGGUUCCUGCUCUCUCUUUGUUUUGCUGAGCUGAGUGGAAACCAUGCUUAGGGUGAGAGCUGUGAUCAUGCUGGUUUGACUGUGGGAGAGGUGGAUCUGUGGGACACUCGCACACCCACCUGACAGUAUACUCUGUCCAAGGGCGCUGUUGCCCUCUGCAGGCCAGCCAUAGGAAAAUCUAGCAGAGUUUUUCCUUGUGCUGUUACCCAGAAAAUCUGGUAACACUUUACUUCAUGACUUACACCGACCUACAAAAACAUUUAUAAACACUUAUUACAGUAGGCAUCAUUUGGCAAAAAGGUUUGAUUAUUUCAGGUUUAGAUAACAUCUGUGUCAUGUGACAUUGUAGUGCUUGAACAAAAAAAGUGGACAUUUUCUGUGGCCCUCAAGUGAGUUUCAUUUCAUUUCAUUAUUUAUAGUAAUAAAGCUGUGUCAUAAGGUCAGCAUGGGGAAAAUGUACUUUCUCUAUAUUUCAAGAACUUUACAUGAUACACGUUUUAGUAAGUUGGAACAGACAAAGUAGUUCUACAUCUAAAAAGUACAAAGCGUUAACAUCCAAAUAUUUAAAUGAAAGAUUUGUUCUAAACAUUUUACAUAUUGUGCAGAACUAAAUCCAAUUAAGUAGGACUAUUUAUGCUCUCUUUGUAAUCAAACAUGCAGUUGAGAAGUACUUCAAUAUCCACAAUAUGCUCAGAAAUGCAUAGUCACAUAUUGUGAUGUAACUUAUUAUGAUAAGGAUAAAUAUUGUAAUGUUGUAUAAUAUUGUAAUGUCACAUCGUCAGCAUUAUGUCACUGUAAUAUACACUAAGCUAUAAAGGUGUUGUAACCUGCUAUGUCACUUCAUCCCAAAAAGGAAAAUAACUUUACAUCAAAGUUGACAAGAGCAACCUUUACAAAUGAUGCCUGUUGGAAUAAACCUUCACCAAUGUUAAUGUAGGUUUAUGUCUGUUGUGAAGACAAGCUUAUGAACAUUACAGUAAAGUGUUAUUGAAAGUCACAUAUACAAUGCAUUAUGCACAAAUGAAUUUAGGCUUCAUGUUAUGGUAACAUUUCAGUUGUUGAUGCACAGAAGCUGGAAGUGCAAAGACUGGCUUCCUCUUGUGCUGCCACGUCCUUUGACUUUGCAUAAUGAGAUCCCAGAUUUUUUCCUCCCCACAGAUUCUAACAGCCUCAAACUCUCGUUUGAUUUAGAUUUUUCAAGAGGAUUGCUUGUGAUUUUUGCUUUUGAACACAAAAAAAAAAUUUUUUUUUUUCUAAUCCCCCCAAAGCUUUCUUCCACAUUUAGCAAAAUUAGACGCUUCUUAAAAACCACUUAAGUCCUGCUUGUGUUUCCUAGCCAGUGAACUCCUGAGACAGAGCCAGCCUUUUCUUACAAGAUCUACCAUAAAGAUUAACAAUAUGCAAAACUAAUACAAGCAUAACUGAUGUACUCUGGUAACCACUCUCACUUUUUGAGGAAUUAGCCUUAUUUCUCAUGCCAAUUACAACACAUCACAAAACUGCAAAGAGCAUUGUCCAUUUUCGCAUAUGGUGAGGCCCUCUGUCUCAAGGCCAUCUCAAUGUUAGAGAAUGGUUAGCAACUGCCUAAAAGGCUGUGAUUUGACCCUUCUCCCUUUUUUCUGUUAAUACAUGACUAUUAUAACAUUAUGCACUUUGUGUUAAUCUUGGUAAGCUUUUUAAGUUUGUAUUUGUUUUUGAGAAUUACCAUUAAUAUUCUGAAACAAAAAAAUAUACAAAAAAGAGCACACAUGACACAUUAAGGGCUUUUUUUUAAAAAAAAAAAGAAAAACAACAAUCCGAAUGUUUUUGCUGCUGUUGCAAAAAAAACGUUUUAAUGAAUCCUUUGUAAUACUUUUUGAACCACUGUGAUUUGUACAAAAUGGAACGAAAAAAGUAGUAAAAAAACUUUGCCGUUUCAGUAUUCUAAUGUUUGACUUGGCUUUUAAUAAAUUUAAGUGAACUCUUUGACCAA